AUGGGUCCUGCCACAACCAAACUGUAUUUUGCCGGAGAAGAAAUGUGUAAACAAAGAAAUUAUGACUGCAGAAUACUCUAUAAAUUAAAAUCGCUCUUCGAGCAGAACGAACGACUUGAAGAUAUUCACGAAGAAAGAAGAUCAAUUGAAUUUGGAAUCAAGACCGGAAAACUGGGUCUGGCUGCCAUCGACAAUGUUAAGUCUGGAUACAGGAACGUGAGAGACAUUACAGAGCCAAUUUUAGGUGUGACUUCAGAAGAAUACAAUGUAUUGUUAGAUACAAUGGCCAAAGAAUUAAGAGACCUUAAUUCAUAUUACCACAUCAAUCGCGUCUAUGCAC